UCUGGUGUGUCAAAAAUACACUGUGUGUGUGUUAGGAGUGGUGGCUAUAGUACAUAACUCCCUUGCAUUGCACUUUUGGUAACCUCUGUUUCCUGUUUGCACUUGACCGAUAAAAACAUUUCUGGUUGGUUCAAUCGAAAGUCAUGAUAAGUAGAGCAGUAGAUUGAAGUGUAGUUGUUGUAGUCCAUCAGAGGGCAGCAAACUGCAGAAAGGGAACGAGGCAGGCAGUGUGUCUCACACACACACACAACUCCUGCAUGAGUUCACCUUCACAUUUAUAACUAAACUCCCCUCCCCAAAAAACAGCUAUUUAGCUUGUCCUUUGGGAUUUCCUUACAUCAUGAACGGGUCAGCAAAGUAUACUGCGCCUACAGUGCUGGGUAUACAGUUGAAAAGAGGACCACAAGGUCUGGGGUUUAACAUCGUGGGGGGUCUGGACCAGCAGUAUGUUCUUAAUGACAGUGGGUUCUAUGUGGCUAAAAUCAAACAGAAUGGAGCUGCAGCGCUGGAUGGAAGAUUACAAGAAGGAGACAAGAUAUUGGCGAUAAAUGGCCACAAGCUGGAGAACCUGUCACACAGUGCUGCGGUGGAGCUCUUCAGGUCAGCAGGAGAGGACGUACAGCUACGCGUACAGCAGAGGCCCACCAUGGCCAUGAAUGGUCCCCCCAGUUCCAGACCUGACGGGGGCUCGUCUGUCUCCUCCUUGGGAAUACUUGUAGCUGUCCUAGGAGCUGCUGCAGCCGUUACUGUCCUCUUCAUGCGCUUCCAACCACAACUGAGGAGGCAUUUUUAAACCUAUGUAUCUUUCUCCUCCAAAGCAUUUUUAAAAGCAAAACCUAGGACUGAACACUUUGUUGAAGCCCCCCCCCCCCCCCCCCCC